CGCCGCGCUACGAUUCAUCCAGAGAGGUGGAACCAUGGUUCGGUCACUUCGGUGGGGCCGCGACACACCGGUGCUCUGGUGGGCGCUCGGUCUCCUGGCGGUUCUACAGGUUCCAUGGGCAGCAGCGAAGCCGGACUUUGGCAUCAACUUUCCGAUCUCGGGCAGCAUCAAGGUGUCGAAGUCCAUCGACGAUGCGAACACGGUGCUGAUGGCACUGGACGACAAUACGGAGCUGGUGACCACAUCGGGCUACCCGGGACUCCAGACGCUGGUCGAUACGCUGCGGAACAUCAGCCUGGUGCUGGUGAGCGUCGGUAGCGAGCUGCCACCGCUCGGUCGGGCCCUGGUCGCGAACACAUCCAACAACAUUUCGGCCGCAUUCGAUCCCGUCUACGGCAAGAUCGUCGCCCUGAACCUGACCAUCACGGUGCUGCUACCGCCGGCCGUCAGUAGCAUCAACGACAUCAUCGGCCAUUACGUGCCGGACAUGCUGUACGAUGGCUUCGACCGGGUCGUGGUCGGUCUGGGCGAUCUAGCCCAGUCACUGUUUAUCCUUCAGGGUGCGAUCAACGAUGCGAUCCUGCAGGCCGGUGGCAACCCGGACGAUGUUACCCUCGCUAAUCUGAAGCAACACGUCAAACCGGUCCACAUAUACCAGCUUGUGUUUUUUGUGAACCAGCUACGCGCCUACCUGCCGGUGGUCAAGUUCACGGUUGACAGCACGCUCGAGAACAUCUCGAUGGCCGACAAGUAUCUGCUGCUGGUCAAGCAGGCCCUCUCGGCGACCGAUACCAACUACAAGAACCUGAUCGACGGUGUCGCGAACGUGACGGAUAAGAUCGCGACGACCGUGCAAGCGGAGUUCGGCAAUCAUACCCGGGCCAUCGCUACGAUCGAAACCAGUGCGGUCAAUGUGACGAAGAUGGCGGCCCCGAUCGCUACUUUCAAGCAGCACACCGACUCCCUUACGACCGUCUACUAUCCGAAGAUGCGUGCCGCACUGCAGAUGUUGCUCGAUGCGCUGCAGGAGUCACUGACGGGUAAUGCGACACCGGGCAUCUUCUGGUCGAACGCACUGGAUAGCCUCAUCCUUACGCUGAUCGAGAACGGUGGGUAUGCGCAGUUCUGCUUCUACAAGUACUAUGGGCUCGUGUUCGGGACGAUCACGGCGAUCAGCGACAGCGUGGAUCAGUGCUUCGAUCGCGAGAUACCCAGGUUGCAGCAGCUGAACGAUCUGCUACCAUCGCUGAUCCUGCAGCUACAGUACGACUACGAGGAUCUGCUGGCCCAGAUUGCCCUCUGUACUUCGCUCGCACCGUACCAGCAGGAUGCGUCGUGCCUGACGACGCUGUCCGGCUUGUACAGUGACAUCGCGACCCAGUUCGGCAACAAGCUGAAGGUGGUCUUCAACCUCAUCAGCAGUGCGACGGUGUCGAGCGCCAAGCGGUACCUCGUGUGCGUCGAGCUGCUGAAGCUGGCGGUGAUGGAGGACAACGAGCAGUACCUGACCGACGACAUCCGGAAGUGUGCCCUCGGUGGACCGACGGCGGACGAUUGAUCUUGAACGCACGAACGUCAAUAAACUCGGGAUCUUUUACACCGAAC